UCCCCCGCGCCCGGGCGCAGCUGGCGCGGUCGGUCUAGAGCAGCGCUCCGCUCGGCGCCGCGGGCGCUCUGCUUCACCUUCAGAUGCGCGGGGCGUGCGCGUCCUCCUCCAAGAGCCCGCCGCCUCCCCUCCAAGGUGCUUGCUGCCAUCGGCUACAUCACAGAAUAUGCACCUACUCAUCACAAAUACCUCUCUCCCCUCCGGGCAGCAAGAGCCCCUCUGAAAAUGGAGAGCUAAGACACGCCUUUAGGCCCUCACGACACAAGGCUGUACUGUGACACCCACAUCACUGUCCAAAUGGAUCGCAGCAGAGAGGCUGAGAUGGAGCUGAGGAGAGGACCCAGCCCACCCAGGGCUGGCAGGAGCCACGAGGUGGAUGGGGACAAGGCUGCGUGCCACAGCUGCUGCAUCUGUGGCAAGAGCUUUCCGUUCCAGAGCUCACUGUCGCAGCAUAUGCGCAAGCACACGGGAGAGAAGCCCUACAAGUGUCCCUACUGUGAUCACAGGGCUUCUCAGAAAGGUAACCUCAAGAUUCACAUCCGAAGCCACCGUACAGGGACUUUGAUUCAGGGGCAUGAGCCAGAGGCAAGCGAAGCUCAGCUGGGUGAGAUGCGUGUGUCUGAGGGCCUGGAUGGGUGUGCCAGUCCUACCAAGAGCACCUCAGCCUGCAACCGCAUGCUGAACGGGGCCGUGCCGACGGACAACAGCAAGAUCCUGCUCAGGAGCAGCCGCAAGGAGGCGGAGGGGGCUGCCCAGGAAGACGCAGAGGCCAUGGUGCAGUGUUCCUUCUGUAAGAGCCGGUUUGAACGCAAGAAGGACCUGGAGCUGCAUGUGCACCAGGCCCACAAGCCAUUUAAGUGCCGGCUGUGCAGCUACGUCACCUUGCGGGAGGAAUCUCUGCUGAGCCACAUCGAGAGGGACCACAUCACUGCGCAGGUGCCCAACGGCGGCAGCGAGGCCUGUGUGGAGAACGGCAAACCCGAGCUGAGCCCCGGCGAGUUUCCAUGUGAGGUGUGUGGCCAGGCUUUCAGCCAGACCUGGUUCCUGAAGGCACACAUGAAGAAACACCGGGGCUCCUUUGACCAUGGUUGCCACAUCUGUGGCCGGAGAUUCAAAGAGCCAUGGUUCCUCAAGAACCACAUGAAGGCACAUGGACCCAAGGCAGGAAACAAGAACAGGCCCAAGAAUGAGCUGGACCCCAUUGCCACCAUUAACAAUGUGGUGCAGGAGGAGGUCAUCGUCGCCGGCCUGUCCCUCUACGAGGUCUGCACAAAGUGCGGGAACCUGUUUACAAACCUGGACAGCUUGAAUGCCCAUAAUGCCAUACACCGCAAAGUGGAAGCCAGCCGGACACGAGCCCCGGCUGAGGAGGGGGACACAGAGGGCCCCCUGGACACCAAGCAGUUCUUUUUACAGUGCCUGAACCUGACACCAUAUGUGGCUGGUGACAUGUCCCCCAGUGGGCAGGCUGGACGGCGGGUGGCUGAGUUGGAUCCCGUCAACAGCUAUCAGGCCUGGCAGCUAGCCACCAGGGGCAAGGUGGCGGAGCCAGCCGAGUACCUCAAGUAUGGGACCUGGGAUGAAGCUCUGUCCGGGGAUGUGGCCUUUGACAAGGACAAGCGUGAGUAUAUACUGGUGAACCAGGAGAAACGAAAGCGUGAACAGGAUGCCCCUUCUACCCAGGGCCCCCCCAGGAAGAGGGCCAGUGUACCUGGGGACCCCAUGCUUCCUGGACACCUUGACCCCCGGCCAGCCUCACGGCCCAACCGCCGGGCUGCGGCCACUACUGGCCAGGGCAAGUCCUCUGAGUGCUUCGAGUGCGGCAAGAUCUUCCGCACCUACCACCAGAUGGUGCUCCACUCCCGUGUGCACCGCCGUGCACGCCGUGACAGGGAUCCUGAAGGGGACAGGGCAGUGCGUGCCCGCUGCGGUUCACUCAGCGAGGGUGAUUCAGCUUCCCAACCAAGCAGCCCUGGCUCAGCCUGCGCCAUCGCUGACUCCCCAGGCUCUGGCCUGGCCGAAGAGGUGGUGGAUGACAGUGGUGAAGAGGCUGUGUCUGAACCCGCAUCAGGGGGCCAGCCACAGCACUGCUGCUCUUCUGGAGAGGUGGCACCCACCGUGCUCUCCAACGGGGACCAGAGUCACACACUUGGAAAUAACCUGCCAGAGAAAGACAUCAGCGAGCCCAAGGUGGGGAUCGCCACGCCAUCCGUGUCCAUACUUGAAAACAGCAGCAGAGAGACGACCAAGGGUCCCGAGCAGCAUAGAUUUUCUCUUGACCUAAAGAUGCCAGCAUUUCACCCCAAGCAGGAGGGACCUAGCACUAUUGGCCGGGGAGACUUCCCUUCGAGCAUGGAGAUAACUAGCCUGCAGCUCACCUUGGACAGCCAGGCUGGGCAUUCAAAAGAAAAGCUGUCUGAUUUGCACAAGGAGCACUGUGGGGCAGGAAAGCGGGCAUCCGCCCCUGACCUGGUCCCGCUGGACUUGAGUAUGAAGUCGAGCCGGGAUGACCCCAGCAGCAAGGAUGCAUGCUCCCUGCAGGCGGCCCUGGUUGUUCACCCGUGUCCUUACUGCAGCCACAAGACCUACUACCCCGAGGUCCUGUGGAUGCACAAACGCAUCUGGCACAGGGUCAGCUGCAGCUCUGUAGCGCCCCCUUGGACUCAGCCCAACGGCCACAGGAGCAUCCGUAGCAGCCUGGUCUUCCUUGCUCGCAGUGGGCGCACAGGCCCCCCGCCUGCUCUUGGAGGCAAGGAGUGCCAGCCCCUGCUCCUUGCUCGCUUCACCCGCACCCAGGUGCCAGGUGGGGUACCGGGAUCAAAGGGCAGCUCUUCUCCCGUUGGGGUGACCACAAAAGCCGCUAGCAUGCCUAAGAAUAAGGAGAGCCAUUCUGGGGGCCCCUGUGCUCUGUGGGCCUCUGGCCCCGAUGGAUAUCGACAGACCAGAGCCGGCCAUGGCCAGGAGCCUCCUGGUGCUGUCGUGCAGGGACCCUUGACCAAACCCAAGCAGGAGGCCAGCUCCAAGUUGGCGCCUUCUCCAGGCAGUGGGGGCCUCAGCAGGAGUGCCACACCCACACCCUCAGUUAUAACCCGUGUAGGUGCCCAGCCCUCAGCCAAUAACAAGACGGUGGAGAAACUCGGGGUCCCUGCAGUGGGGGCUGGCUUUGCCCCUCCGAAUAAGCACAGUGCCCCAGACUCUCUGAAAGCCAAAUUCAGUCCUCAGCCUCAGGGUCAGCCUCCCACAAAAGGCGAAGGAGGCUCUCCUCUACCUCCCCGGGAACCCCCUGUGAAGGCGGCCCAGGAGCUGAGAACACUAGCCACCUGUGCAGCGGGCUCCAGAGGGGAUGCAGCCUUGCAGGCCCCAGCUGGUGCGCCCCCCAUCUUACACUCCAUCAAGCAGGAGCCGGCAGCCGAGGGGCAGGAGAAACGCUUGGACAUCCUCAGUAUCUUUAAGACGUACAUUCCAAAGGACUUCGCCACACUCUACCAGGGCUGGGGUGUCAGCAGUCCUGGGCCUGAGCACAGAGGGACACCGCGGACACAGGCCCGCCAGGGAGACUUUGUCUGUGUGGAGUGCGGCAAGAGUUUCCAUCAGCCCAGCCAACUCAGGGCCCACCUUCGGGCACACACAGUCGUGUUUGAGUGUGACGGUCCACAAGGGUCUGAAGUUCACGCAGCCUCCACGGAUGCCCCCAAACAAGGGAGAGAUCAUACUACCCCAGGGACUGUGCCAGCGGGGCCCCUCCAGAAGGGGACCUAGAGACAUGCCUCCAGCGCUCGGCUCCGUGAUGGUGUUGACAGUGGCCUCACGGGUCAUUGGAAGGCUCCCAUCAGUGACCAUGGCCACCUUGGAGAGGAAGAGCCAGGGUUUCCUGACCAGACUACCUUAGACCCGGGAGCCGCUGCGCUAGAGCAGACCAAGGGAGCCGCUGUGCUAGACGCCUCCCUUGGUGACAUUUAAGGACAACGAAGAUGCUAUGCCUAGAAUUCCGUGUAGCUCUUUCACACACAUGUUUGUGCUCAUCCACCAUGGCCUGUGUCUCCUCAUGGUGAGCAGUGGUAUUGGCAGGCACAGUGGGAGCUCAAGGCAUCUGUAUCACUCAAGACAAGCGUGAGACACUGGAAAAAAGAUGAUGGUGUGUUUUGGAUGGAGUGAAGAGCUAAGCACUGUGGGAGGUGCUCCGGUGCUUAGAGGACAGGUGACACUGUCAGGUGACACUGUCAGGACACGGGGCGUGGAGGCUGUUGAGGGUCCACACCACUGCCUCUCCCUGCCUCAGUGGGUAUUUAAUAGCAGGUAAGACGGAGGGUGGUGUUCAGGAGCUGUGAGGCUUGGUGGUGCUCGGGCUCAGUAAGGCAGGGCGGUGACAGGUCCUCACAACUCAGAGGUCUGGCCAUGACCCCCUCUGGGCUGCUCAUGUCACCCUCAUGCUCUCUGUGUUUUCUCUGUUUGGGCUGCAUUGGCACAGGAAACACGGCAGAGAUGGGAACACAUAUAACCCUGCUUUGGAAAAGAGUUAGUUGAACACUAAGAAGAGCAGGUGUCUUUGUUUAUUCUCAGGACCUUUUUGUAACAGGGCUACAUUCUGCAAACUGCUCACAAGAGAAGACUACACGUCUUAACAGAUUAAGCCACUGAAUUCUCCCAAUUUGGGCCUGUUUUAGUGAUGGCAGAAGAAUCCUUGAGCAGAUUGGGGGCCCUAGAUCUUUAGGGUGCUAGUGCUCUGGGGCCUUCUGCUCCCUCCCUCCCUCCCUCCCUCC